AUGGAAGAUAUGCUUCGACUGUGUGUACUGGAUUUUGGAGUAUCGAAAUGGCUCCAUAUGAGGCAUUAUACGGUCGUAAGUGUCGAUCUCCUAUCUGUUGGGAGGAAUCGCCAGAAAAGUUAUGCGGAUCCAAAGAGAAAAGAGAUAGAGUUUCAAGUUGGUGACUAUGUCUUUCUAAAAGUAUCACCAAUGAAGGGUGUUAUUCGUUUUGGAAAGAGAGGCAAGUUAUCUCCAAGAUAUGUGGGACCAUAUGAGAUUAUAGAACGCAUCGGAGCGGUAGCAUACAAAUUAGAUCUACCGCCAGACAUGUCACAAGUUCAUCCGGUGUUUCACAUAUCGAUGCUGCAAAAAUAUAUCGCAGAUCCUUCUCAUGUGAUUCAACCACAAGCUGUGGAGGUUAACGAGGAACUUUCUUACGAGGAGCAGCCUGUUGAGAUAGUGGAUACUCAACUGCGAAAACUUCGUACUAAAGAGAUUCCUAUGGUGAAAGUGCUGUGGAGAAAUCAUUCUGUAGAAGAGUGUACGUGGGAGACGGAGGCAGAUAUGCGUCAGCGCUAUCCUUACCUAUUUUUACAAGGUACGUAG